AUGUCGCUUGCCAACCAUGAUGAGUACGAGGAUGCUCUUUGGAACAACGACUUUUAUUCUUCCGCAGCUGGAAUCUCCCAGCUGUCUUCCCUGAACCACAUUUUCAACUUGAAGAAGACCGUCAAUAUUCCCAAUUCCAUGCUGUCGGCACUGAUCAGCGCAGGCCUCAUGGGCGCAGGCGAAGCUUCUAAUGUCGAAAGUUCGGCGUCUGCCAUUAGCCGCACCCUGUUGAUGAAAGUUUCGCCUUCAAUGAAAGCAUUGGAGUCUGCUUUGAACGAUCGGCCCACGAGCGUCGCAGCCCCGCCCAUUAUCGAAGAAGAGGAAACUAGUGACAACUCUCCCGGCUCGGAUAACCAUAAAAAUCUCGAGCACGACGCUGUCCGCUCAACGACUCUGCCCGAUAAAAAGGGGCACUAUCCAUCUCUGUCUUUGAGCACUAUGGGCGAGUCUGGCUACUCCCUUACCGAUGUGACGCCAAAAUUGGACCAGCCUGCAACUUUUCAGACAAUCAAAUGCUUGUCCAAGGACUUCUCGCCGCACUUGAAAACCGUUUCUUCCUCGUUUCCGGAAAAGGAGGUAGAGAGCGGCGAAACCAAAGUCAGCACAGGAGAGGAUGCUUCGGAACGUGGAAGUACAGUCUCAGACGAUAAGGCCGAUGACACAUUGACCGAAGCGCACUCGGACGUUCCCAUGGCGCUUGAUAAGGCUUCUGAAACUGGUUCUGCUUUGCUGAAACCAACUCAAGUUGCUCAUACCCAGUAUAAAUCAAUGCUUGAUGUUCCUCAACUCGAAGAACCAUUUCAACCUCAGGCAAAGGUAUCUUCAGAUAUGUCGGGCCCUAAACCGCUGGCAAAGAAUGCUCUGAACGAAAGCUUGAAAAAAGCUACGACCAAGAACAGCAUGUCCGAGAAACCAAUCAAGAGUUCUAAGGCUACAUCCACCACGCCUCUUAGCUCAAAGUCUCAGAUGACACCACGUUCGCAAAUGAGCCGCUCGCCUCAUCAAAAAUCGCUAAGUGAGUUUUCAUGA